CUAUACUUUUCUUUCUCUCAACAACAAAUAAUCAUCCGUCUUGGCUUGGAGCUUUGAUUAGUUUCUCAGGAAUCCUUUAUUGUUCUGGGCUUUGAUUUCUUUCUCUUCUUCUUGGGUAUUAAUCUUCAACCUUCGCUCUUUUCAAUGAAGGUUUCGGUUGAAAUUUUUAUCACUUGGAGCUGAAGAAGUGGAUCAACAUGCCGUGGGGAUCUCCAAACUAUUUUGGGAAGUGCGUGCGAUUGGUUGUGUUUUUCCUCGUCAUUCUGUAAUCUGAUUUCAUUUGGUCAAUUUUGACAAUCUGUCGCUUAUCAGUUGAUUUGUAUACUGGCCAUACUUAAUUUUGGUGGGAGGAGUGAGAAUGCGCAUUGCAGUUGCACGAAAGAAAUAUCAGAAAGUGAAAGAACUUGGAAAAAUUAACAUGAAUGUUGGGAGCAUUGCUUUUUACCAAUUGAUGCAAGUUCGUCAGGCUGAGUAUUUCCGUCAGUUGCUUAAACCUGUUACGUAGUCUUGUUAACUGAACGUGUCUGGAUAUUGGGAUUGACGGUUUUGUGCUCUGGUUGGGUGUACUGAUGAAGUACUGAACACAAACUAUAGAUAAGACUUGUCUCCUCUCUUCAGCCAUGAUGGAUACGCCAUAGGUGUAUCAAAAAUCUCUUGCUAAUUAUUUCCUUCUCCUAAAAUUUGCACCUCACUUGAAAUUGGACAGUUACCUUUUUCAGAAGCUUGUUUCAUAAACCCACGCUCUCAUGCAUAGUGACCAACCAUACUUUCCCAGAAAGCCAAUGCUUCCUCUUUGUGAUCAAGUGGGCUACUACAUGCAAAAUCCUCCUAUGGCAUCUGCCUUUAAUGGUUUUGUGCCACCUGGGGUUAAACCUCUUAUGCCAUUCUCUAAUGUUGAUAUCCAACCUUCUGAUGCCUGCCCUAGAAACUUUAUUAUCUUUGACCAAACUAAUAAUAGAAGCCAAAUCAUGUUCCAUCCUGAAAUAAACUCGAAAUUCUUUUGCCCUGGCCUUGGCGUUGAUACAUCUAUGUUACGGGACAAUGUUGAACAAAAGGACUCAAAUGAUGAGAGAAAAGUUGCAUCUUCAUCCAAAGAAGAUUCUGAUGAUAUCGAUGCCCUUCUGAGUACAGAAUAUGAAGAAAAUGAAGAAUGUGACGAUGAUGAGGUGAGCACAGCACGAACAGGUGCAGUUUACGAGUGCAAUUCUCCAGAUUCGUGCUCCAAUUAUGAGUCGCCGUCAAAAAAGAGCAGGCCGUUUGUAAGGAAGUCUUCUGGCAGUCGUGGCAGUGAAAAGAAGCGGCAGAGAAUGAGGAAGAUGGUGAAAGCAUUGAGAGGAAUUGUUCCUGGCGCCAAUAGGAUGAGUACUGUGGCUGUUCUCGAUGAAGCUGUUCGGUAUCUAAAGUCUCUCAGGGUAGAAGUGCAGAAGCUGGAAGUUGGGAACUCGAAAGGGUAAUCUCAAACUCAUUUCAAUUGCCCAGACCAGCUAUGAGAUUCUUGCAAUGUAUCAAGUCUGCCCCUGUUGCCUAAAUAUUUCAGCCGAAGACUGUCCUCAUUUGUGGGUGAGUACAAUGAAUGUAAUAUUUCCCUCGUACUAAUUAAUCUAGUUAAUAGUUAAUGUGUAAUAGGUUAAAUCAUGUCUAUUUAUGCUGCAGUAAAUCCAACUUCUACCUGGUAUAUUGUCUGUAUCACUACAGCCGCUGUUAAUGUUGGAUGAUUGUCCUGCUGUUGUACUACCGCCACCUAUAAAUCUAGAUUUUAUAGUUUAUGUAUUUGUUAUAUCAGUUCCUUUUCUAUUUUCA